UUCAACGAACACACAUCACCUCGUUUCCAUCGAGGACAACUUCUCCCUUCAAAUUUCAACUUCUCCACCUUCACAUUUCUGUUUUAGCUUUAAUUUUCUUAAAGAUUUCAGCUUCAACUCUCAAAAUGGAUGCCUCAAUCAACACUCUCUGCAAAUCCGUCACCAAUCCUCCCGUGUUAUUGUUUGGGAGGAGUACUGGAAUUAGGAGCUCCCAAUGCAGCUUUAUGGCGGGAAGUAGUAGGAUCAAGUUUCCUAGGCAAACAGCUCAGCCUGCUAAAUUUCGAGUUAGGCAAAUACAGAGAAGAGGCGGAGCUCUGAGUGCUGUGUGUGGUGGUAAAAUUCUGAUAGCUAAUAGAGGAGAGAUUGCUGUGAGAGUUAUUCGGACGGCUCAUGAAAUGGGGAUUCCUUGUGUUGCCGUUUACUCUACUAUUGAUAAGGAAGCACUUCAUGUCAAGUUGGCUGAUGAAGCUGUUUGUAUCGGCGAAGCUCCCAGUAACCAAUCGUAUUUGUUGAUUCCGAAUGUGCUUUCUGCUGCAAUUAGUCGAGGGUGCACAAUGCUGCACCCUGGAUACGGGUUUCUUGCUGAGAAUGCGGUGUUUGUUGAAAUGUGCAGAGAGCAUGGAAUCAAUUUUAUUGGCCCAAAUCCUGACAGUAUCCGAGUUAUGGGUGACAAAUCAACUGCAAGGGAGACGAUGAAGAAUGCAGGUGUUCCUACCGUACCAGGAAGUGAUGGACUGUUGCAGAGCACGGAGGAAGCAGUCAAGCUUGCCCAUGAAAUUGGAUUUCCUGUGAUGAUCAAGGCAACAGCAGGUGGUGGAGGACGUGGAAUGCGUCUUGCUAAAGAACCUGAAGAAUUUGUGAAGUUGCUUCAGCAAGCUAAGAGUGAGGCCGCUGCAGCAUUUGGAAAUGAUGGAGUUUAUUUGGAAAAGUACAUCCAAAAUCCAAGGCAUAUUGAAUUCCAGGUUCUUGCAGAUAAAUAUGGUAAUGUUGUCCACUUUGGUGAACGUGACUGCAGCAUCCAGAGGCGUAACCAAAAGCUGCUGGAAGAAGCACCCUCUCCUGCAUUAACCCCUGAGUUGCGAAAAGCCAUGGGUGAUGCAGCUGUUGCAGCAGCAGCAUCCAUAGGUUACAUUGGUGUUGGAACAGUUGAGUUUCUGUUGGAUGAAAGAGGCUCCUUCUACUUCAUGGAAAUGAACACUCGUAUCCAGGUUGAGCAUCCUGUGACCGAAAUGAUUUCCUCUGUUGACUUGAUUGAAGAACAAAUUCGUGUAGCCAUGGGAGAAAAACUCCGCUACAAACAGGAAGAUAUUGUGCUCAGAGGACAUUCAAUUGAAUGUCGUAUCAAUGCAGAAGAUCCUUUCAAAGGAUUCCGACCUGGACCAGGGAGAAUAACUGCAUACUUGCCAUCUGGUGGCCCAUUUGUCAGAAUGGAUAGCCAUGUUUAUCCUGAUUAUGUGGUUCCACCAAGCUAUGAUUCCCUACUUGGAAAGCUUAUUGUGUGGGCUCCAACAAGGGAAAAGGCAAUUGAGCGCAUGAAAAGGGCUCUUAAUGACACCACCAUUACAGGUGUUCCAACAACCAUUGAAUACCAUAAACUUAUCCUUGAUGUUGAGGACUUCAAAAAUGGCAUAGUGGACACUGCUUUCAUUCCAAAGCAUGAGGAGGAGUUACAAGCGCCCCAGGAAAUUGUUCCAGCAACACAUGCAAAAGAAUUGGCUAGUGCAACUGCUUAGAUCAAUCUCUUCUGAAAUUGCAACCAUACACAGUACUUGUCAUCCCAAUUAGAAGAAGACCAUUUGUCU